AUGUUGUUGUUAUUGUUGUUGUUGUUGUUGUUGUUGUUGUUGAGCUCUUAUUUCCCUCAGAUCUCAAGCCUUUUCUACUUGCCCAACUUCUCCAUCUUUUCACUCGUUCCAGCUGGGCCUCAUGUCUACACUACCGAGACUAGCCUGAACGCAGCCUCCUGCCUGCCCAGUUACCUGGAUUCGGGACUACUACCACCUUCGCCCCUGCAGGCUUCAAUGAAUGCCAACAGUGGAGGAGGCACAAUGGCAGCGGCAGCAGCUGUGGCGGCUGCGGCUGCAGCUGGCGGAAAUGCGGCCUAUUCGGGCGUCUACAACCGAGUCGCAGUUGCACAGGCUGCCGCGGCGGCAGGUGAGUCGUGA